CUGAACUGAUCAGGGUUUCUUCAUCGAGGUGAACAGACCCGGUGUGGGAGAGGGGUUUCAGAUUAAAUCAAGACCUGAAGAAAUAAAUAAACAGACCAGUGUCUCGUGCUCACAGUGGCAUUGAUCGGACAGUACAGCCGGACUCACGCGCUGGGAACGCGCGCGGUCUUUGUUCGCGCGCGCACGUGUGUGGCGUGGAAUUAAACCUCAAAUCCCAGAGCGCGCGCGUCCCAUUGGUCAGACUCAGUGCACAGGGUGGAGAAGACUUCACUCCGCACACUGAGCUCACAGGCGCGUGGGAUACAGCCGGAGUCUCUCCAGUCUCUCUCCACCAGCCUCCAUCAGAGCCUCCAUCAGCCUCCAUCAGAGCCUCCAUCAGCACGCUGUGGACUAGUUCUCUUUCUUCUACAACCCGCACAUUUCUCUCUCCAGGACCCUACUCAGAGUUUACUAGAAGAAGGGAGAGGUGAUGUGAAACGAUGAGACUGUAAGGAGAUAACCAGGCGAGAAGAGAGAGAGAGAGAGAGAGAGAGAGAGAGAGAGAGAGAGAGAGAGAAAGAGAGAUGGAGGAAAGGGCACAGGUUUGACUGACAGCAGAAGGAAAGUUAUCAGUGUGACAGUGAGAAAAGAGUGAGAUACUGCGUGUUACUGCGUGUUAUUGUAGUGUGUGUGGUGUUAGUGUAGUGUGUGUGGUGUUAGUGUGUGUAUAGUGUGUUAGUGUAUAGUGUGUGUUAGUGUAUAGUGUUACUGUAGUGUGUUAGUGCAUAGAGUAUAGUGUUAGUGUAGUGUGUUAGUGUGUGUGUGUGUAUAGUGUGUUAGUGCAUAGUGUAUAGUGUUACUGUAGUGUGUUAGUGUAUAGUGUUACUGUAGUGUGUUAGUGUAUAGUGUUACUGUAGUGUGUUAGUCUACAGUGUGUUAGUGUAUAGUGUUAGUGUAGUGUGUUAGUGUUAUUGUAUAGUGUGUUAGUGUGUAGUGUGUUAGUGUAGUGUGUGUUAGUGUUAUUGUAUAGUGUGUUAGUGUGUAGCGUGAGUGUUAUUGUAUAGUGUGUUAGUGUAGUGUGUGUUAGUGUAGUGUGUGUUAGUGUUACUGUAUAGUGUGUUAGUGUAGUGUGUGUUAGCGUAGUGUGUUAGUAUUGGUGUAUAGUGUGUUAGUGUAGUGUGUGUGUUAGUAUUGGUGUAUAGUGUGUUAGUGUAGUGUGUGUGUUAGUAUUGGUGUAUAGUGUGCUGUUCAUCUGUGUGAGAAAAUGACCUGCAGGAGCUUCACGACUCUUCUGCUGUUCCAGAUGUUCACCUCCUACACACACGGCAGCUCGGUGGCAUCCAAUGCCACUCGCUUCAACUCGUCUCAUGUGGUGGGGUUCAAACCUGCACUUCCUGGUAAAGCUCUGCCCAUUUCCUCAUCCCAGAUCCACGCCCCAGCCGAGGAGCCUGGAAGCAGCGGGCUGGGUGAGAACAGGCCUUCCAGGACGAUCAGCGCCGACUCUGUAGGUGGCAUGGGUGCGGGUCUACCCACCAUGUCUCGCAGCGAAGCCCAGCUGGACUUUAAAGAGGAAAACGCUGAAGACGUGGCCCCUCGCUGGCGCGGUCGAACCCUACAGCCCGAUGGAAGCGUCAGCGACCGAUCGCUGUUCCUCAGCGAGCCAGAUGAUUCCAGCCCCGUCAUUAAAGUGAGCUUCUCCGAGCCGUAUCAACGCCACCGGAUCGAAAUCCCCGCUCAGGAGGUUCAGGGUGGUGAUCCCACGUCUUGGACGUCUGAAUUUUACGAUUAUCUGUCUCCUGAAUACUCCACCACCGAGAGCUACGCAGACGACGAGCUGUCCACACCUGCGGACAUGGAGGACGAGAAUAUCCGGUACAAUCCCGCAGGGGCCGCGGAGAACGGCGUGAACGGCGCCUGCCUACUGGGGUUCGUCCGCAGGAAUGGCACCUGUCAAUCACCUUGUGACGUGUACACCAGUUACUGCUUGAACGGAGGCCAGUGUUAUGUGGUGGAAGGGAUCGGAGCAUUUUGCAGGUGUAACCUACAGAACUACGUGUGGAACAAAGGGAGCAGGUGCGAGUCGGUCAUUACGGAGUUCCAGGUGAUGUGCAUCGUGGUGAGCGGCGUUUCAGUCAUGCUGCUCAUCCUCUUUCUGCUAAUAGUGUUCUUCUCCAAGCGGCUCCACGUGCUGAAGACUGAAAACAGUCAACUGCGAAAACGCAGUAAGUCCAGGCCCCAGUCGUUGCAGCACAAUGAUAACUUCUCGCUGUCCACUGUCGCUGAAGGUUCUCAGGCAAACGUAAGGAACGAGUGUGGCUCUCCACCUAACCCUCCUCCUGAUUUGGCUUACUAUGAUAAUGCUAUCUGUCAGAACGACACUACCAAGCCCGACGAUCCAGUUGAAACCCCCGUUAAGGAGGACGAGUCUCUGAACGUCCAGACCUCGCUGACACCUAAACAUGAGAACACCACCGUCGUCGGUGCUGAAGAUCCAGAAGAGAGCGGCGUGACCAUCGAUUUGGAGCUGCUCCUCCCUAACAAGGCGAAGACGCACCCCGAGACGAGCGCGCCGCUUCACUAUAACGUCUUCCUCUAUAAGCUCCCGAAAUCCCCCAAAAUAUCCCCAGGACGCUCCAGGCAUCCGAAAGGCCUCCCCAGACGAGGCUCCGAGCCCGGUUACAGCCCGAUGUCCUCCAGGAAACCCAACCCUCGCCUGGGGAAAGCCUGCACACCGUAAAAAUGUUUUUAAAAAAAGUCUAACGCUCACCACGAUGAUGGAUGAUGAACAACAAGCCUCCGUGGUCUCAUGGAGAUCCGGCCUUACGUUCCGGUACACGCGUACUCUUAACGAAUAACCAGCUGAAAUGUAGGAUCUGGAUAGACCUUAUAACGAGCAAGAACAUACCUACUGUAUAAUCAUUCCCCAAACACCAACGUCCGCCACCGUCACGUCAUACAGCCCACGAACGCCCCCACGGAGAACUAAUUAAUUAACGAGGUGCUUUUUUUCUUUUCUUCCCUUCACAUUUUUAAUCUGAUUAAUACUUUUCAUUUAGAAUAAACACUGAAUUAUGUGAAUACUUCA